GUCUGCGUGCUGCUGCUGAGUGCUGCUGUUGCGGGCAAGGUGGGUGUAAACAGGCAUUGAGAGGAUAGCUGGUGUAACCGUGGGAACCGAGGGCUGCACGGGGUGGACAGGGGAGGACACAUAGUAGGGCGCGCCACAAUCGGGGCAUGUACCUGCUGGAUUUUCCUUGAGUUCCAGUCUCACCUUAUAUCCACAUCGGAUGGUGAUUGAAACCGAUCCGCGUCCAGAACAGACACACUGACAGACAAAGAUGGAAAGUCAAGGCAGCCGCUGUAAGAUCGUGGUGGUCGGAGAUACGCAAUGUGGUAAAACUGCGCUCCUACAUGUUUUUGCGAAGGACUGCUAUCCCGAGAACUAUGUCCCCACCGUUUUUGAAAACUACACGGCGAGUUUUGAAAUCGAAAAACAGAGGAUUGAGUUGAACAUGUGGGACACGUCAGGUUCCUCGUAUUAUGACAACGUGCGGCCGUUGGCCUAUCCUGACUCAGACGCUGUGCUCAUCUGCUUUGACAUCAGUCGCCCAGAGACUCUGGACAGUGUUCUGAAGAAGUGGCAGGGGGAGACCCAGGAGUUCUGUCCCAAUGCCAAGGUGGUUCUGGUGGGUUGUAAGCUGGACAUGAGGACAGACGUGAGCACCCUGAGAGAGCUGUCCAAGCAACGCCUCAUCCCCAUCACACACGAACAGGGUAGUGGGUUGGCCCGUCAGAUAGGUGCGGUAGCCUACGUGGAGUGCACCUCCAAGGUGUCGGAGAACAGUGUACGGGACGUGUUCCACAUCACCACGCUGGCGUCUGUGCGGCGGCCACAGAAGCCUCAGCUGAAACGCAGCAGCUCCCGCCGGGGCCUCAAACGGGUGUCCCAGCUGCCCCUGCCCCCCCUGCCCGGUCGGACUGAUACCCUGGAUCCUGCCCCUGUCAUGCAGAAGGACCGGGCCAAGAGCUGUGUGCUCAUGUAGAGACCCACCAAGACAAGUAUAUAUAUAUAUAUAUAUAUAUAUAUAUAUAUAUAUCUAUAUAUAUAUAUA